AAUGACGAUACCGCUGCCCUUGAAAAACUUGGCUUCCUGGGCAAAUCUCGAGGCAAAAGAAUAAGCUCUUCGCUUCUCUUUUAUUCGGUUAUCGACGGUUCGAUAAAUGACGUGCUCGUUUUUCUCUGUUCGACACACGGCGGAGGAGAGAGCGUUCUUUAACGUCUGGUUGCGUGACGACCGUUGACAGCUGGGAUGCAAACCAGCCAGACGCCACUCAAGGGCCACUUGAUUCCUUGAAGUGCAGAUGGCAUGCUUCUCGGAAUCCACGGAGAUCCUCCGCUAGAGAAAUCUUGCCCCAGUUGAUCCUUUAAGACUCCGACUUCUCCAUCGCGUUAUUUCUCUUGGAACUUCCAUCGGUGGGAUGAAACGUCGUAUCUCACCAGCUGUCCCUUGCCAAGCAUCCUGGCACAGGGUUCUCCCUGGCUGCCUCUCAGCGAGUUUGUUCUCCAGAGAACGGAGAUUCAAGUGCAGAGAAAGGCGCUUGAGCCUAGUGACCAAUCAAUUGGUGUUACUUUUCCUACAAUUUGGUUUCCGCCCGGUGCCCCGAUGAGUUUCCCGCCCGCCAACGGUCGAUCAUUUGCUUAUGGCUGUCCAACCGUUUCUCGGCACAGCAUCAGUCAUGACUCCUCUCCAAUCGAGCCGCGAAGUUCAUAUUCUUACCCGAUUUUCUAUUUUCUUCGGCUUGGAAGCCCGGAGACCCCGUCCCGGGGACUCGUGGACAUCGCGCAGCCGAGAUGCCUUGAGGAGAGAUCUUAGGAGAUCCUACUCCUGGACUGAGCUCUCAAAGAUCUUUGCCAAAUGACCCAUCGGAUAUAUUAUGUUCUAUCAAUAUCCAAUGAUCCACAAUCACAUUCUUUGGGUUUGGACCCUCUUCCCAAGCGAUGCCGACACGGUUCUCCCCUGCUCGCUUGGGCUGCUGGGUUCCGCUGGUUGAACUCUUGGAGGAUAUGGGUUGCAACGAGAACCGAAAUCCCCUGUCGACGAGCUUUUUGUGGGGCUGGCUUGUCCCGUGAAAAAGGCUUAUCCGGCUGUCGAUUCUCCCCAUCUUUCCCCGUGCAGCGAAGACAAGUACGAUUGCUUGAGACCGGCAUACGUCACUGUUCUUGCUGUCAAGAUGACGGAUGAAAAGCAGGUCUCCACAGAGCCGGUGCCUCAACCCACAAUCGAGAGUGAAAAGACAGAGGUGGUCGUUCACAGGGACUCUGACGUGGAUGACCCAAAGUGGGCUACACCUGACGGAGAAGAGCCCACCGAGAUCGAAAAGGCUACGUUGAGACAUAUUAGCGACAAGCUUUCAAUAUCUAUUUGGUUGGUUGCUAUCGUUGAGUUUUGCGAACGAUUCACAUACUAUGGCUUGAGUGCCCUGCUUCAGAAUUACAUCCAGAGACCUUUGGAUGGCAGUGAGGGUCGAGGCGCUCUCGGUCUGGGCCACAGAGGAGCCACUGCACUGAGUACAUUUUUCCAAUUUUGGUGCUACGUCACUCCGCUCUUCGGUGCUAUUAUCGCUGAUCAAUAUCUCGGAAAAUACAAGGCGAUUGUUGUGUUCUGCUUCACCUAUGCGGCUGGCUUGAUAGUUUUGUUUAUGACCUCUCUGCCAUUCGCUCUGAGAAAUGGAGCUGGUCUUCCUGGAUUCAUUGUCGCCGUCAUCAUCAUCGGAAUUGGAACCGGAGGUAUCAAAUCAAACGUCUCUCCUCUCAUUGCCGACCAGUACACUCGGAGAAGAAUGGCUGUCACAACCACCAAAGAAGGUGAACGGGUGAUCAUCGACCCGGCAGUCACCAUUCAGCGUAUCUACAUGAUCUUUUACGCUUGUAUUAACGUCGGAUGUCUUGCUAUGCUUGCUACGCCAUUCUUGGAGAGAGAUAUCGGCUUCUGGUCCGCAUAUCUUAUGUGUACAAUCGUCUUCUUUAUUGGAACUCUAGUUUUGAUCCUCGGUCGGAAGCGGUAUAUCGUCAAGCCACCGCACGGUACAAUCAUUACCGAUGCCUUCAAGGCAAUCUGGAUGAUGAUCAAAGCCCGAAAUAUGGAUGCUCCAAAGCCCAGCUACCAGGCUGACUUGGCAAACGGUGGUACCAAUGUCACUUGGGAUGACCAUUUUAUCGAGGAGGUAAAGCGUGCGCUCGUUGCCUGCAAAGUGUUUACAUUCUUCCCCAUUUUCUGGGUUAUCUAUGGCCAGUUUUCAUCGAACUUCGUCAGUCAAGCUGGUCAAAUGGCUGGUCACGGUAUUCCUAACAACCUUAUGCAAAACUUUGACCCGAUCUCCAUCAUCAUCGCCAUCCCACUGCUUGAUCGUGUUGUCUAUCCCUUCCUCCGCAAACGUCACAUCGAGUUCCAACCAAUUACUCGUAUCACAGUUGGCUUCCUCGUCGCUUCACUUGCGAUGAUGUACGCUGCUAUUGUCCAACAUAUGAUCUACUCCGCUCCUCCUUGCUACGAAUAUCCUCUCUGUGAAUUAUCCAAGAUCGACGGAGUCAAACAAGGCAACGAUGUCCACAUCGCUAUCCAGGCACCGGCUUAUAUAUUCAUUGGUCUUGCCGAGGUCUUCCUCAGCGUGACUGGCCUUGAAUAUGCGUACAUGAAGGCUCCCGAGAGACUAAAGAGUUUCGUCUCUGGCUUGUUCCUUCUCACCAACGCCUUUGGCUCUGCUAUUGGUUUGGCACUUACCCCAGUGGCAUAUGACCCAGUCAUUAUCUGGAUGUUUGUUGGGUUGUGCGGUGCCUCUGUCACUACUGCAGGUAUCUUCUGGUACUUAUUCCAUGGACUGAACAAGCAGGAAGAUAAGAUGAACUCUUUGGAUAAGAACUACACCGGAGAGGAUAGCUCAUGAUUGUGAUGAGGUGGUAAUGAAUAAGUUUGGGAAAAGGGUUUAAUUUUAUUUUUGAUUUCGAACUGGCAAGAUGACUAUUUUAUCGUAAUUAUUUUUUGAUGAAAGAGACGGAUACCCCAGCUGUUGACACUUGAACAAUGAGCUCUUGAAUUGAGAAUAUACUCUCCAC